UUCCUGGAAGUCGUCUGAGUAGUCUUCUCACUUCAUGGAAGCCGUCUGCAAGUCUUCUAUAGCAUUUAGCAUAGUGCGCAACCUAUGUGUUUGAGAUGGUUGUUUGUGAUUAUUUGCAGGCCUUAAAAUGGAUUUACCAGAACUCCCGCCGAGGAUGUUUACAUUAGGAGAAGAGCCCGAUGCAAUCAGGAGCAUUUCGUAUCAUUCUGAUGACACGAAGUUGUUUAAAGCUCUAUGUGAUUGUCUCACAGCUGACGAAUAUGACGAUCUGAAGGCGUCGAAGUUAAGAGUGUUCAUCAAAUUCAAGGAGCUUGACUUUGGUUGGACUUCAAGGCUGGUACAUUUUUUGCUCUGUUUCCAGCUGGACAUCAAGAAGAAGUUUGAGCUCUGGAGUCUUGUCGUUUCACAACCUGUGAGGUUUUCACUGAUAGAGUUUGAACACCUCACUGGGCUGAACUGCGAUUACAUCAAGGACCUGGAAAAUCCAAGGUGUGAGGUUACGUCGGAGAUGGCUGCUUUCUGGGAGAAGAUGCGUGUUGAUAUCGAUACUGGGCCAAGUAUUGAACAGAUAACAGAAGCAUUUUACAACUGCGACGAGUGGUCUCCGGACGAUCGCAUGCGGCUGGGAUACCUUGCCAUCUACGCAGGAUACAUCGAAGGGAAAAAGUUCUCAUCCGCUACAUCAGCUAGUCUUGCAAGGCUAGUGAUGGAUUUAGAAAAAUUUGAGAAUUAUCCAUGGGGGAGAGUGGCGUUUAAGGUGCUGAUGGAUUCUCUGAAGGCAAAAGACUUGACGCAAACUGGUUACACUGUUGAUGGGUUCAUACAAGUGCUCCAAGUGUGGGCGUACUAUGCUAUGCCAGAAUUGGGUGCUAAUUAUGGGUCUCCCAUACCAAACAGACCGUCUCCACUGUUGCUGGCUUACAGGGGUGGCAAAAGACAACGCAAAUGUUUUAAG